AAGAAAGAAAGAAAGAAAGAAAGAAAGAAAGAAAGAAAGAAAGAAAGAAAGAAAGAAAGAAGACGAGGGAAGGGAAGCAGGGUCUGUGCAGACAUCCCCCAUCCUCGGCCCGUGACGUGGGGCUGACCCUCAGCCGCGCUCUCCUCCUCCUCCGCAUAUCCACGGCCAAAGGGCUUCUGGGGCCAGAGGGAAAGGCACGGCUACCAUUGGAUGCUGUAGGAACCCAUGGCCACGCUGCUAUUGACGGAGAGAGCAGGGGGUGGGAAGCGAAGGAGCGCUCGCAGGAGCGGCCGGGCUGGCGCUCGGCUCCCCUCCCCUCCCCUCCUUGGCCAGGAGGAGAUCCCGCCUGGCGCAGCUCAGCCGAGGCCUAGAUCCUGGCCCCAGCAAUGGACGGACCGGCGGACCCCACAAGAGUGAAGCCAUAGCGGGGAAGCCGCCGUGCACCGGACUCUUGUGCACGGGAGCCGGCGAGAGGAAGCAGCGGGCAGGAUUCCUGAGCCACAGCAUGCUGCUGUUCUCGGCCGGGUCACGGUAACAUCCCACGAAGACGGGGGUCCAAGCGGCGGGGGAAGCAGCAGGGGAAGGAACCGGGAGAGAAGCCCCAGGAAAGUGUGGGAGACAGACAGAGAUGACCUCUUCCCAGCCGCCCCAAAGGGCUUCACUAGGGAGCGAGGGGGAAGCCGACGACGGCGGGGAAGCCUUUGAUUUUGACAGCGAGGAGGAAGACGCCUCCCGGCUCGUGGUGAGCAAUGCCAGGACGGAGCUGGGCACCAAGGGGGCACUGCAGGACCCUCCCCUGCGGCGGAGGUCCAGCAUCAGUGACGACCUGGGGGACUGGGACGCGGAAGAAGCGCUCCUGCAGGAUCGUGUCCCCUUGACCUCCUCCGACUCCAGCGCCCGUCUCGAUUGCCGUGACCCGCAGGCACAGCCCGAGUUGGUGGGCCCUGUCAGCAAUGGAGAUUUCUCUCAAUCUGGGACUCGAAUCUACAGCUGGAAAAGAAGAAACUCAUCUCAAGGUGAUCAGUUUGCUUUCCCCUCUGCAGAAGAUGAAGUGAUUUACGACGAUGUGCCUUGCGAGAAAGUCGACUUGCAGCAGUGUGAUUCGGAGAGGAGCUUAAUUUACGAAGAUGUCCAUCCCGCGACGGCCCCGCCGGAGCCCGAAGACUUAGGCUGGAGCUCCAGCGAGUUCGAAAGCUACAGCGAGGACUCGGCCGACGAAGUCAAGGCAGAUGUGGGGCACGCCAAGCCCAAGGUGUCCUUCCAGCCGAAGCUUUCUCCCGACCUUCACAGGCUAAAGGAGAGAUGCUCCAGGACUAAGAGAGACAUCCUGGCUUUGAAAGUCGGGGGGAGAGAGAUGCAGGACCUGAAGCAAAGAUACGAUUGUAAGAUGACACAGCUCAUGAAAGCGGCGAAGAGUGGUACCAAGGAUGGUUUGGAAAAGACAAAGAUUGCUGUUAUGCGAACUUUCCUGCACAAGAAGGAUAUCCCAGGUGAUUCUGAAGAAGAAGACAUGGGGUUCCUGGAGGUACCAGUUUCGGAUGCAAGAAAUCAGCUGCCAGAGUUAGGGCCAAUGCCAGAAGGAUUAAAUCCUCAGCAGGUCAUACGCCGUCACAUUCUGGCCUCCAUUGUGCAAAGCGAGAGGAGCUACGUGGACUCCUUGAGGCGCAUUUUACAGGAUUAUAGGAACCCACUGAUGGAGAUGGAGCCCAAAGUUCUCAGCGCCAGGAAAUGCCAGAUGGUCUUUUUCCGCGUCAAAGAGAUCCUGCAGUGCCACUCCAUGUUCCAAAUUGCCUUGUCUUCGCGGGUGGUUGAGUGGGACUCCAUGGAGAAGAUCGGUGACCUCUUCGUGGCCUCGUUUUCCAAGUCCAUGGUUUUGGAUGUCUACAGUGAGUACGUCAACAACUUCACAAGUGCCAUGUCCUUAAUCAAGAAGGCAUGCCUGACCAAACCAGCUUUCUUAGAGUUCCUCAAGAAGAAACAGAUGGCCAGCCUAGACCGCGUGACCCUCUACGGCUUGAUGGUGAAGCCCAUCCAAAGGUUCCCCCAGUUUAUUCUUCUACUCCAGGACAUGCUGAAGAAUACACCGAAAGGUCACGCCGACAGGCUGUCGCUCCAGCUCGCUCUUACAGAACUGGAGACCUUGGCAGAGAAACUCAACGAGCAGAAGAGGUUGGCAGACCAGGUGGCUGAGAUCCAGCAGCUGACCAAGAGCGUCAGUGACCGCAGCCAUCUCCAUAAGUUGUUAAAUUCGGGCCAACGGCAGCUGUUGUUUUGUGAGACCCUGACGGAGACGGUUUACGGUGACCGGGGUCAACUAAUCAAAUCCAAGGAGCGCAAGGUGUUCCUUUUGAACGACGUGUUAGUGUGCGCCAACAUCAAUUUCAAGGGGCAGCUAGAGAUCAGCAGCCUGGUCCCUCUGGGGCCCAAGUAUAUUGUGAAGUGGAACGCCGCCCUCCCCCAGGUGCAGGUGCUGGAGGUCGGGCAGGAGAGCAGCGCCCGGGAGAAGGAAAACGCUGCCAUCCCCAACGUUGGAUCCAAGAAACACGCGCCACCCAGCCAGUCUUCCCAUAAUAAAGUCUAUUUGGGACCCCCUCGCCUGUUUCAGGAGCUCCAGGAUCUGCAAAAAGAUUUGGCCGUGGUGCAGCAGAUAACCCUUUUAAUCAGCACUCUUCAUGGCACGUACCAAAACCUGAAUAUGACAGUGGCCCAAGACUGGUGCUUGGCUCUACAGAGGCUGAUGAGGGUGAAGGAAGAGGAGAUCCACUCUGCAAACAAGUGCCGCCUCCGCCUCUUACUUCCUGGGAAGCCAGACAAGGCUGGGCGCCCCAUCAGCGUCAUGGUGGUCUUCAUCACGCCAAACCCGCUCAGCAAAAUUUCCUGGGUGAAUCAUUUGCACUUGGCCAAAAUUGCCCUCCGGGAAGAAAACCAGCCCGGGUGGAUUUGCCCUGAAGAAGACAAAAAGAGCAAAGCCGCUUUCUGGUGCCCCAUUUUGGUCUGCCACCUCCCUGCCUUCUCCUCCAGGGCUCUCGACCUGCAGCUGGGGGCGGCCGUGCACAGCCCAGUCCAGUCUUCCUUGCUGGGGUUUUCGGCCAUCAGCACGUCUCUGCCCCAAGGCUACCUGUGGGUCGGAGGCGGCCAGGAGGGGACCGGGGGCCAAGUGGAGAUAUUUUCCUUGAACCGGUCGGUGCCUCGCAUAGUCAGGUCCUUCCCGGUGGCCUCCCGGGUCCUCUGCUUGGAGUACAUCUCCGAAAGGACCGAAGAAGAGCGAGCGGAGGAUUCUCCAGCCGCUGCUGACCAGCCUUUUCCCGCGCAGCCAGCCCUUUGCCUCGGACUGCAGGACGGCAGCAUCCUGGCGUAUGGCAGCCUGGACUCGGGGGCGCAGUGUCUGUUGACAAGCCGGACCCCCGGACUCCACCCCGUCCUCUGCCUGAAGCACAAUGCCGAUUACCUCUUUGCGGGCCUGCAGAACGGGACGGUAGCGGCGUACGCCAGGACCAGCGCAGGAGGUCUGUGGGACCCCGAAGCCGAGCCCACAUGCCUGGCGGUGGGGCUGGCGCCGGUGCGGACGCUGCUGACCUUGGACGACGCCGUGUGGGCCAGCUGUGGGAAUCAAGUCACCGUCUUCGACGCCGUCAGCCUGAAGGCUCAGCAAACGUUCGAGGCCCAUCCGGAAGAGGACAGCAGCGUGACCCACAUGAUCAAGGCGGGCAGCGGGGUGUGGAUGGCCUUCUCCUCGGGGUCCUCCAUACGGCUCUUCCACACCGAGACGCUUGAGCUCCUGCAGGACAUCAACGUGGCCACCCGGACCACGGCGGUCCUGCCAGGGCAGAAGAACGUCCGAGUCACCAGCCUCCUCAUCUGCCAGGGCCUCCUCUGGGUUGGUACUGACCAGGGAAUUUUGGUCCUGUUGCCUGUGCCCAGGCUGGAGGGGAUCCCCAAAAUCACAGGGAAGGGGAUGGUGUCGCUCAACGGCCACUGCGGCCCUGUGGAGUUCUUGGCGGUGGCCUUCAGCACCCUGGCGCCGGAGAUCUUGAAGAGCGACAAGGAGGACGACGCGGCGGAGGAAGCUCCGUUGGCGGAAGGCGAGCACCCCAACCCAGCGGGCCACUGCUCUGAAGCGGCUGCUCCGGACAGCUCCUCCACCAGGGAAAUCAGGAAGAAGGGGAUCCUUCUGCAGUACCGCCUCCGAUCCACGGCUCAUCUCCCCGGGCAGUUGCUGUCCACGAGGGAUGCUCCUUCGCCAGCCGGCGGGAGCUCUCUGGAGCACACGGAGGAAGACGGCUCCAUCUACGAGAUGGCGGACGACCCGGACAUCUGGGUACGCAGCCAGCCCUGCGCGAAGGACUCUCACCGUAAGGAGAUUUCUUCCUUGGCUGUGAUUUCAGGAGGAAGAGGCUACCGCAACUUCGGUGCCAACGGCAGGUCUCCAUCGAGCAGUGAAACCGACAGUAUGUUGCUCCUAUGGCAGAUCCCCUUGAUUUUAUAGCGCUGACGUUUUCUGCUCGUUCCCGGGGGCCUUCCUUCAUCCCAACAGGCCUCUCACCUCGCACGGUGAUGGAGGGGGGUCCCCAGGGGUGUGUUGGCCUUUUGGGGGGCAAUGGACCUGCCUAGCCGACCACGUUUUUAAUCAAUUUCCUAGGCUUCGAAUUCCCUCUCCGUCCAGCUGAGUUUGCAACCUCUUUUUAAGACUCCUUUUCAUGCGUUCGGAUCUUUGGUCUUUCCAUGAAAAACGAGCUAGCACUUUCUGUUUUUCCCCAACUGAACUUUUUCAGGUUUUAUAGGAAUUGGCACGCUCCCUGCAGGUUUUGGAGAGGCCAGUUAAUUUUUUCCCACCGGAUGUGUUUUCUUCCCAGAAAGAGACAUAAGGGUUUUGUGUACCCCUGUGUGAAGAUCAUACACACACACAAAUCUAUAUAUAGACACGCGCGCACACACUUAAUAUAAAAGUGCUGUAUAUUAUUAAAUUGUAUAAAUAAAAUCUGUAUAUAUUGGGUGCAGAAAUAAAGGUGGUAGAAAACCCCUUCUAGUCCA